CGUGUCUCUUGGCGCGGGAGAGGAGCUUCGUACCCUUCCAGUGUGAGAUAGGUAACGCACCGCGUGAUAAAGUCAGGCAGGCUCGCCUUACAAAGCUGCGGUUUAUAAAUAUGAGAAAUAGCUGCGGCAACAUACAUUCUUUUUGACAAACAGUUCAUGUUGACUUAAGAAAACGAUUUAAACCAUCACCAAAUUACAAACUCUUCCGGAAAGGGACUCGCGCAUUUACCGAUCGUCGCUGAUGCGUGGACGAAGUUUCUCUCAUUCGCUUAUCUGUUCAUCUGGGCCGUCUAAAAAUCGCCAAAAUGAAAAUAACCUACGGCUCUGUCGUUGUCAGUGCUGGUUUUGCUGGCAUCUUAAGCUUCGGCUUUCUAGCGCUUGCUAUAGGGACUGAGUACUGGUACAUAAUUGAUGAUAACAGAUUCAACUAUACAGAGGACUCUCACUCUGGACUCUGGCGAACCCAUGAAGGGGAAACUGUCUACUCAUUCACUGCAGACACAGGAUCCUACUCGGACUUAGAGAAUUACCUGUACAGCAUGCACACGGUGAUCGCAGUGCUGCUGCCUCUGAGCCUGGUCAUGCUGGUGUUUGGGGGGAUCUGUGGGCUGGUCAGCUCCCUGGCUAGGAGCUCCUCUCUCCUCCUCGGCACGGCAUCCUACAUACUCAUUAGCAGUCUGCUGACGCUGUCUGGCGUGUGUCUGUACAUCAGCUACUCCCAGCAGGCGUGGCAGGAGACAGAGCGGCGCAUGGGAGAGGAACAAAUGGCACGCGUGUACACGUCCUUCGGCUGGUCUCUGGGCAUGGCCUGGCUCUCCUUCAUCCUGGAGGUGCUCACCGGGCUCCUCCUCUUCCUCGCCUCACGAAUGGUUGGCCCACAUUAAGGCCACUGUCUGCGCCUUCACUGAAAUAAACCAAACCUGCACUGGAGAAUCAAUCAGCACACAACAGCAUCACACACACACACAAAUACCUCAGGGGGUGGCAGUGGCUUUAAUGCUAAUCAAUAACUGUUUGAAGGAGAGUUCAAGAGAGUUGUACUGUUUUUGUGAACUUGGUUUCAGUCAUGGAAAAAGUACAGAAGAAGUUCAGAAGGACCACUAAAGAGAGUUAACACCAGUCGCCAGUUUCCUGGAAAUGCUGGACUGCAGAGUGUUUACCAAUGUAGAGUAUCUUGUCAUCUGCAGAUUAAUGGGAGGGUUGAGGUUUUCAAAUUGCUCCGUUAGCUUUAGACUGCUCUGUUCUGCUUGUUGUCCUGUAACAGAUGGUCUUCCUUUCAUUGCCACCUUGAUGUGAUUUUUCAUCACAUCCACUGGCCAUCAAGUAGACGUAUUGUGCUUGUUCUCUGUGCCAUGACAGUUACUGUAUCGCUUAGCUGUGCUUCUUUUCACGAGAGCGCAAUUGGAUUUUUCUGUAACCUUUGGAGUAUUUCAUGUUUGUGUCGAAGUGUUUGUGUGAGAACACUACUUUACUAUCCAUGCCUGAGAGAAUGUUGUUUAAACCACAUUAUUUCUGCCCCUUAAGAAAUCUGAUUAGUACCUCUCAAGGUUCAAGUGUCAGCGGCAUGGGAAGGCAGUAGAGACUAAAGAGAGAGCCUUUUGUCUGACUGUCAGCUUCUUCACAUGGAAAUGUGUUGUUAAUGGCUUUGAAGUCACUGCAUCAAAAUACCUGCUGUGAUAAAGAGAUGUAAUGCAGAUUCCAUAAAGGGAAAUGUGCCCAUUACAAUGUACAAGGCAUUUAUUUUUUUCAAUAAAUUUAUCAGAUAGGGAUUAAUAAAAAAUGUCUUUUCACCAAUGAAUCGUGAGACAAAUUAGGUGCAGAGAGAAAAUGAGAUACAUAAUGAUUCAAAAUGGAAAACCUAAUGGAAUUGAGGCUUAAAGUGUUUUUUCUUUCAAGCAGCAGGUUUGGGGGUCUAAGUGGAUUUUUUUCUCUUUGAUGUUUUACCAAAGUGUGUACCUGUUUAAAGGCAUCAGCAGUGACAAUAUCACUGUAUUGACAGGCAGAAACACUGUGCUUUAUGUUACACUUUGAUGCAUUUGAAAUAAUAAACAAUCAACUGGA